CGACUCAUACAAUUAUCACGAUUACGAUAACCGCCAUCAUCCAUUUGUUCUUCAUCCUGUUAUAAACUCAAUUCGAUUUAGGGUUUCACCAUCGCGAUUUCAAUUCGACCUCCACCUGCUACAGUUUCCCUCAAAAGUUCACCAUGGCGACGGCAUCAGUGGCGUUUAAGUCCCGAGAGGAUCACAGGAAGCAGAUGGAGCUGGAAGAAGCACGUAAAGCUGGGCUUGCACCUGCGGAGGUUGAUGAAGAUGGAAAAGAAAUCAAUCCGCAUAUUCCUCAGUAUAUGUCAUCUGCUCCGUGGUAUCUUAAUGCAGAAAGACCGAGUUUGAAGCAUCAAAGGAAAUGGAAAUCGGAUCCAAAUUACACAAAAUCGUGGUAUGAUAGAGGGGCGAAAAUAUUCCAAGCUGAUAAGUACAGGAAGGGUGCGUGUGAAAACUGUGGAGCCAUGACACACACCAGUAAAGCCUGCAUGGAAAGGCCCCGUAAGCUCGGAGCAAAAUGGACCAGUAAAAAUAUAGCACCUGAUGAGAAGAUCGAGACUUUUGAGCUCGAUUAUGAUGGAAAGCGGGACCGGUGGAAUGGGUAUGAUGCAGCUUCGUAUGCUCAUGUGAUUGAUCGAUAUGAAGCUCGAGAUGAAGCGCGGAAAAAGUAUUUAAAAGAGCAGCAGUUGAAAAAGCUUGAAGAAAAGAACAAUACUGAAGCUGCUGAAGAAGGCAGUGAUGAUGAAGAUAAUGAAGACGGUCUAAAGGUAGAUGAAGCCAAGGUUGAUGAAAGCAAGCAGAUGGAUUUCGCUAAAGUCGAGAAACGUGUUCGUACCACUGGUGGUGGGUCCACAGGAACCGUGAGGAAUCUUCGUAUUCGAGAAGAUACAGCGAAAUACCUUCUUAAUCUUGACGUUAAUUCCGCUCAUUAUGAUCCGAAAACCCGAUCCAUGCGUGAGGAUCCACUUCCAGAUAUGGAUCCGAAUGAGAAGUUUUAUGCUGGUGAUAAUCAAAAUAGAGUAAGUGGUCAAGCUUUGGAGUUUAAGCAGCUGAAUAUACACGCUUGGGAAGCAUUUGACAAGGGGAAUGAUGUGCACAUGCAAGCUGCUCCUUCACAAGCCGAAUUGUUGUUCAAAAAUUUCCAGAUCAACAAAGAAAAGUUGAAAUCUAAAGUUAAGGAGACGAUUUUGGAGGAAUACGGGAAUGCAGCCGCUGAAGACCCACUUCCAAGAGAGUUAUUAUUGGGUCAAAGUGAGAGAGAGGUUGAGUAUGAUCGCGCUGGUAGGGUUAUUAAGGGACAAGAAAUGGCCCUUCCUAAGAGCAAAUAUGAAGAGGAUGUUUACAUUAAUAACCACACAACCGUUUGGGGUUCAUGGUGGAAAGAUCAUCAAUGGGGUUAUAGAUGCUGCAAGCAGUUUGUUAGAAACAGUUACUGUACGGGAGCUGCUGGAAUCGAGGCUGCUGAGGCUGCUGCAGACCUUAUGAAGGCUAAUAUUGCCCGUAAAGAGGCCACUGAAGAUGUGAUUGCUCCGACGGAAGAGAAGCAACCUGCCACAUGGGGAACAGACAUACCCGAUGACUUGGUUCUGGAUCAAGAGAAACUUGCUGAAGCACUUAAGAAGGAGGACAAGAGGAGGAGAGAAGAGAAAGAUGAACGAAAACGCAAAUAUAACGUUAAGUGGAAUGAUGACGUGACAGCUGAAGACAUGGAGGCAUACAGGAUGAAGAGGGUUCAUCAUGAUGAUCCAAUGAAGGAUUUUCUGAACUAACUCCGAUCUCUAAUUUGGUGCUGCAUGUUCUUAUCUUUAUGCUUCUUAUUACAUAUGUUUGGGAAGGUUGAGAAUACUGUUUAAAACCUUUAGUAUCUGGAUAAUUGAAGUUUGUUGGUUGUGAUUUGCUUGGGUUUACACAAAUCAAUGGUUGUUAUGUAACAUACUGUGAUCCUUUUGGCUCGAUGGUCCUUUCUAUCUAUAUGUUGGUAAAUCUGCAAAUUCAUGUA